AUGAAGUGUUCGGUGAUUGUGACUCUCUGUUUUUGCAGUUUGCUUUGCUUGACAGCGGCGAAUUUAAUCGAUGAUCUGCGCGAAUUCAAAGCAUUGAUACCCAUCAAUACAAUCAAAACACUUGGAAUUGGGCAAUACGUUUUCGACAUCAAAUUUCGCACUGCGAUAAACUAUAUUCGCAGCAGAGACUUCAUGCGUACCUUGGCUGAUAUUUCAGAGAAACUCAGCGACAGUGAGAUUAGCAAUUAUCUUAAGGCGCAGAGCUCCGGGCAUGAUCUAUUUGGAGCUUUCUUCAGAUUUAUUAAAAAGAUGCGUCAAUUUCGCAUGCCAAGUAAAUUGCUCGACAACUUUCAAACGCCACGGAGUCUGGAAAGCUUUCUGGCCAGAGUUAAGGCGAUUUUACCACGUGCGCGCUUUUAUAACUUUGCUGUGCAGAAAGUUCGGAGUAGCCCAGAGUUUGCGACAUUCUACAAAGGAAUCAAAGCGUCUGAGUUUAAGCGACUUGUAUUGGCAACUAGGCAAUUGCCGCAACUGAGAGACGACAUCAACAAACUGACGAAUAAUUACAUUGAUGUUGACGGAAUCAUUGCAUUGGCUUUUGAUAUUUUAAGCUGGGGCCCAUAAACUUCUAACUUAAGGGUUGCUCCACAGUUGCCACUGACUGCAAGUUAUAAUUAA